AUGGGCCGUGGGGAGCUCGAGCCCGGCCCGUCCGGCCAAGCCGAAAUGGGCAACACCCACCUUGUGGGGGGAGAACCUGCUGUUGCCACUGACGACGAGACAGGAUUUGUGAAGGAAGGCCAAAUGAGCGGCCGCGAGAGCAAGAUGGCGCCCCCGCCAUCAGCUGCCCCGACGACGCCCACCCGGAGCACCGACCUGGAGAGCAAGCCAUGGUAUCACGGGAUGAGGCCGAGGAAGGAGUGCGAGGCGCUGCUGGUCGACAAGGGCGACUGGCUCGUCCGCGCCACCGACAACGACAAGGACGGCCGACUGUUAAUCAUCCUGAGUAUCGUCGACCCGAAGCGCGUGGCCAAACAUCUAACAAUCGCCAAGGACGACAAGGGCCGCUUUUUCGUGUCGGCGCUCAAGGAGAAGGACCGGAUCCCGUUCCCCUCCGUCGUCGAGCUCAUGGAGCACUACACGAAAAAGGGUGGCAUCGGUGCGCUGAAGCUAGGCCAAAGCAAGAAUCGCCCCAAUUGGAUGCUCAAGCACGAGCAGGUCAACUUUGACGAGGCAAAGGAUCGCCUGGGAAGCGGCAACUACUGUGUCGUCUACAAGGGCAUUUUCCGCGAUGAGACCCGGGCGCAUACUGUGGCGGUGAAGGUGGCCCUCCCGCUGGCCGAGGAGCGAACGCCGGAGCAGAUCACGAGGGAGCGGCAGAGCAUGCUCAGGGAGGCCGAGCUGAUCGCCUCCUACUCGCACCCCAAUGUCAUUCGGCUGUUCGGUGUUGCCGCCGAUCACCCGCCAGUGCAGAUCGUGCUCGAGUACUGCCCGGGCGGAAGUCUCGACCGUCAUCUCCAGGAAUACAGGGAUCGUAUUGAGUCUACCGAGCGUGUCGUCUACAUGAUGGAUGCGGCAGACGGGAUGCAAUACCUGCACGGCCAGAACUGCAUCCACCGCGACAUUGCCGCCCGUAACUGCCUGAUCGCCGAGACGGGCUGGAUCAAGAUCUCCGACUUUGGCUUGUCUAAGAACUGCGGCAAGGACGAGACGAAGGAGAAGGACAUCGAGGCCGACAUGGGCCUUCCCAUCCGUUGGAUGGCACCGGAAGCGCUGCAGAAGAACCGCACCUACUCGAAGAAGUCUGAUGUGUGGAGCCUGGGCGUGAUGAUCUGGGAGACGUUCAACAACGGGAUCAAGCCGUGGCCCGACUGGGAGACGAAAAAGAUUGCCACCUACAUCCGCAAGGGAAAAAUGCCCGAAUUCCCCGAGAGCACCCCGGCAAAGCUGAAGGAAUUCGUCCAAACCCGUGUCUGGGUGGUCGACCCCGAGAAUCGCGCCGACAUGAAGGAGGUGUUCGACCAGUUGAAAGCAAUCGUCAAGGCCCCCAAGCGCCCCGUUAUCAAUCGCCUGAAGCCGAGCAAGUCUUACUGCUCGGAGGAGGAGAAAGGCUUGUCUUCU